AUGAAUUCUACAACCACUUUAAACGCCUUGUAUGGCAAUUUUUGCCUAAAGAAGAAUAAAGUUAAAUGGACAGGAACGCUAGAAGGCCUUAAAGCAUUUGUGGCUACAGAAAUUAACGAAAAUACAGCCGAAAGUACAAGUUGGCGAUCACCCGGCGGCGGAACAUGGAUUUUCGACAGUGAAUUGCUAUCAGUUACAUGGCAUAAAACAAGUGAGAAUAUAUAUUUUAAAGGAGAUAAAGGCAACGACCUCACGAAACGAGUGUACUCAUUCCUAACGGCGAGCGAGGGCGCCGCAUAAACUGCCGAUCCUGUCGAAGCCGAGCUGGAAAAGUCAAUGGAAAAUCUAUUGGCCGACGAUGUCGACGUGACGAGUGAUAACAUCUUUAAUGAGCCGUUUUGCCUAUAGCUGUGUCGACACCAGCGAGGGUUCUCAAACCGAUUGAUAGGGGAGAGGCUGCGAAAUAAUUGAGAAAUCGUCAUUGGGAACACGAGGAGGCCAUUUCUAAUCUCGAAAGUACAAAAGCGAGCUCGAAGCCAACAAAUGAAAAUUUGCAUAGAGGCUUACCGAUUUUGCAUACGGCGACAAAUUCACAUAAUCCCUCAGGAAGCAUAGACAAAAGCAACAAUGGUGCCUCUGAAAUUGGUCUAUUGAAAUGUAAGCUUGAGAAAUUUGCCGAUAACGUUACAACCAAAUUGGCAGAUCUCGCAUACGAAUUAAACAGCAUCAAAGAGAAUAGGCCAUACUCAAUCGUGGUGUUAGAAAACGUUAUUGAAGAGCUUAAGAAAGAGAAAGUUGAUCUAUGCAAAGCCAAUGAUGAACUCAGAAAGCAUAAUACUAGUAUGACAUACACCAUAACGGAGCUGAGCCUAUCUAACAAGAAUCUUGAAAACGAGAAAUCAAGUUUACUAACAGCUUUACAGCUCAUACAAAAUGACUAUAAUCAGUCUAGCAUAAAGUCAAAUACCACAGAAAAGCCGUGGAAUAUUGUGAAAAAUCACAAGCCAAAUCAGAUUCAAUUCAAAUCAUCACAUAACUCCACCACUUAUAUGCCUGUCGUAAAGCCGCCUAUUAACCGAAAUGUUAUAAACUGUAGUUCUGUUAACAGAUAUGAAAUCCUUAGCGACAGCGAUCUAGCAGCGUCUGCCGAGAAUGAAGAGUCAAUCCUAACCCAUGACGAACCUACCACGCGGCAGGAAAAAGUCAACACAAAUAAAAGCGCUACUAAAAAGCCAAUAGUAUCAAAGAAAACAAGGACAAUUGCCUCACCCAGCAAUGUCCCAGAUAAUUCCGCAAGUGUAAAGCAAAGUCAAGCGUCAUCUGAACCAAGUGCUACCCCGGUUCGCAGUACGAAAGCUAAGCGUAAUACCGUAAUCGUCGGUGAUUCGAUUAUCAAGUAUGUUAAAGGCUGGGAAUUGUCCAACGUGUCCGAGCGCGUUACGGUUAAGUCAUUCUCGGGGGCGACGGUUGAUGACAUGAAGGACUUUAUCAAGCCAAUACUGCGAAAAAACCCAGAGAAACUAAUACUGCAUAUAGGAACUAAUGACCUACGUAGCACGGACUUAAAAGUUGUUUCUGAUAAAGUAUCCAACUUGGUACAGACGAUCUAUCAGCAGUGUCCUGAUAUCAAGGUCAUUGUUUCUGGAAUUCUUAGUAGAAAAGAUGUCAAUGGCAUUGCAGACAGGGUAAGACAAACAAAUUCCUUGAUUAAAUCCUCAUGUUGUGAAAAUGGUUGGGUAUUUAUAGAGAACUCCAAUAUAAAGGACUCUCACCUGAAUUCCAGAGGAUUACACUUAAAUCCCUCUGGUAGUUUGCUAUUACAAAAGUGCUAAUUCUCAAAAUUCUACAUCCAACCCAUUUCCUAAUUGUGCAAAUUCUAGGGGGUUUAAGAUGGCUUUACUUAAUAUAGCCAGCUUACCUAAACAUGUUGAGGAAUUACGCAUAUCUAAACUCUUUUCAAAUUUAGAUUUAUUUGCUUUAAAUGAAACCAGAAAGGUCCACGAGAUCUCCCAGAAAACUAUAGGCCAAUUUCAAUCUUACCUGCAAUAAGUAAAGUUAUGGAAAGAAUUAUGUAUGAUCAGAUCUAUGAAUACCUUAACGACAAUUCGAUCCUUUCUGAACACCAAUUUGGUUUCCGCAAAUCUCAUUCAACUGCUUCGGCUCUUUUGGAUUGCACGAACAGUUGGUGCGUUAAUAUGGACCGCAAAAUGUUUAAUUUGGUUGUAUUAUUGGAUUUAAAAAAGGCCUUUGAUACUGUAAACCAUGAUAUUUUGGUGCGAAAACUUGAGCUAUACGGUAUCAAUGGUAGUGCCUUAACCAUGAUACAAUCAUACUUGUCUGAUCGCAAACAGAAAUGCCAACUGGGAGACGUAAUGUCAUCUGAGCGGCAUGUGACAUGCGGUAUUCCACAGGGAUCCAUCCUUGGUCCACUUCUCUUCCUCUUAUAUAUAUAAAUGAUCUUCCAGAAUGUCUUCAUGAAGCUGCCCCUCGGCUAUUUGCCGAUGACACCAAUCUUACGGUAGCUG